GAAGGAAAAACUUUUUCCCUCAAAGAAUGUACGAGAGCACUCCCCACCGGGGAUGGCAAUGGGGCGAGGAGGGGACGGGGAUGGCAAGUUUAUUUUCCCAUCAAGGAGGGAAAAACUUUUUCCCUCAAAGAAUGUACGAGAGUACUCCCCACUAGGGAUGGCAAUGGAGCAGGGGACGGAACGGGGAUGGCCACCUUACCCCAAAAAAAUUGGCCCAUCCCUACCUCGUGUCUCGUUUGGGGCAAAAUUUUGA